AUGGAGUCUCGACAGCUGGGUCUUUCGCGCACGCUGCCCAAGAAUUUUACUUUCCCGUCCACCAGCAUAGGGGAGCCGAGGACACCCGAGCGCAUACCAGCGCACCUAGAUGUCCCGCCGCCGCCGCCUCGUCAUUCCAGCUGUCGCCUUCGCCGAUCUCGUGUUCGCUCCGGAACCAACGUCUUUGCGCAAGCCGAGUAUGACCUCAGCACGACUUAUCCAAACCCCUCCGAUAUCCCUCUCCCCUCUAUCGAAUUCCCCACGCCCCAUGAUGCUUUUGUAGUCAAUGGAGGCCCGACAAUUCCGUCGCGGGAUGACCGCUUUCUAGCGCCCCCUCGGGACAAAGUAGCCCUGAAGACCCCUCCGGCUCAAAUCCGCCCGGAUCAUGACAAUCAAUCCGCCGAGCGCUGGUCUUCCGAAGAUGCUCGUACUCUUGGAGAAAGCAUUCAGCGACCUGGAUCCGCCUGUUCGCAAGCAUCGGAUUCUUCCGUCUCAUCUAUCGAAACAUUCGGGUCGCGACGCUCGGCGGGUGGAAGCUGUACGAGCAUAGAAAGCGAUUCGUACGAUCCAUUUUUCCAUCUCGAAUUACCCCCCAAGCAUGUUACCGAGACGCCAUCGAUGCGUGCUGCUCUCAAGAACAAACCCCGGGCUUUCCCAGCAAAGGAGCGCUGGACAAUCGAUAUGGAUAAUCAUCUCUGGAAUACUUAUCAGUUGUAUCUUCAGGAUCCUACAAUCACUCCCUUCAAGAUGACCCCCGGCAGUAUUCCGCCCCUGGGUGUCACUCAUCGAGUUGCACGCGACGCAAAGCGGGCCUGGGAGAAACGACGCUUUAGACUGGACAAGCAAUUUCCGUUCGCCAUACUUCAGUCACGUUCGGGCGGAGACAAAACCCCGACCCCUAAAACCGAUGCCGCAAGACCACUCUGGCCCAAGUCAGAGGCGUCAACCCGGCGAAGGCUCAAGCUCCUGUGCCGAAAGAAGUUCUGUAUCGCGCCACAUUAUCAGCGGAUGAUGCAGUCCAAGAGCCCGACACCAUUCUACGAUUUGUUCACACGGGCCUCACAAGAAGCCUCUCAGGCUGACGGCUACAGCAACAGUUCAACAGCGUAUGCAACACGCGACCUGGGCGUGUCACUUGUGGCCAACUCAGUCCAUGGACCACUCGCUCAACUCACGGCGGAAAAUUCCUCUUUGCCGGAGGAGAAUGAUGAGUGGUUCAACACCCCCAUAUCAGGGGUUGCGCAGCUAGCACCCAUAGAACCACUUGCGCGAACCCAUGCGAACGUAAAUGAGCAGGAGAGCAUACCUCGGCUCGGAUCCCCAUUUACAUACAAUACAUGGGGUCCUCAUAGCUCAAGAAAACGUUUCCAGCGCCAUACGCCCAGGAAUCGAAGGGAUACGAUCCACGUCACGGGCUCCCGGCUACGCUCCCCACCUGUGUUCCCCGCUGCUGAGCACGACGCCACUAUCGCCAGCAAUGCGCCUGCCGCAGAAACUCCUGUAGAACAAGAUACACGGAACCAGUUAGAGGAGCUUGUCCGCCAAGGAAAGCUGAACGACAUGGACCAACGUCGGAUCCGGAUCCGUAACCGCGGAGCGACAAUGAGUGCGGUGAACCCUAGGGGCAUUGAUCAGCUAUUUUCUCCCCCGUCAUCAACAUCUCGCAAUGAGGAUAGCCUCGUGGAGAAGCCUGCCAAUCCACUUCUUAAUUUGGUUGGAGACAGUAUCAAGCGCUUGGGCUCACCUUUCAAGGUUGAGGCCGCCAAACGGCCCGAACCCUCGCCUCGGUUCGUCCGACAUGCACCGUCCCUCUCCGACCCGUUCGCAAGUGGAUUGCUCCCGCAGUUCAGACCGAGCGUUUCUGGCACCCCACUUAAGGAACCAGAGAUCACCAACCCACUCCCAUUUGACCCGACGGAAGAAGGUAUAUCGGAUGCGGAACGAAUUCGCAGGCAAAUCCUCAAUAUGCCCUAUUCAAGGCGGUGA